AUGCUUUCCCGCCGCGCUCCAACGACGCGAAUACUGUCUCUCCGCCCUCUCCGCCCACCAAACCGUUCUCUCCGCCCCCACCCCCGCUCCCAUCGACCCUUCACGCAAAUCAGCCCGGCGCGCCCCCAGCUGCCAUAUCUUGCGCAGACCCAUCAGCGCCCGCUCAAUGGGCCCUCUGGUCAGCUGGCCCGCCUCUUGUCCAGCAGCAACCGCACCUUCGUCAAGCAGCAGUUCGUGCUCGCUGCGAAAUGGACUGCUUUGGGCUGGACCUUUCUCGUCCUCGGCGGGAUUGCCUACUUUGGAGUUAACAUUGAAAUGGACGAGCACACCAAUGCCACACCGAGCGAGUGGCGAUGGUCGACGCGACAGGCGCUGAGGGCGGCGCGAGUCUUCGCCGACGAGGAGCAGAGCGUACGGAGUGGAAGUGGCAUUGUGGACUGGGCCAAAGUCGGCACCACGGCCCUGAAGAUUCUGGUGAGACUCGAAGACGAGACUCGUGAAGGAAAGGGCGUGCAUCACGUGUUGGGGGACAACGAGGGCGACAUCCUUAUUCCGGGUGUUGGCAAAGCUGGGCCUGACAUUAGCGAGAAGAGCUGGCCGUGGAGAGCGGGCUACACCGAAGUGUUGAUGCUGUGCGCAAAGGCUGCCGAGCAUCUCGAUGGGAUGGUGCUGGAUCAGACAAGAGGUCUGGUCUUCCCUCGGGCUGUCAUGAUCGGACCCUCGAACCCGGAUCCCAGACCGACGCCACCAUAUAUGAAGGCCGCGCCGAGGGAAGAGGACUGUGUUCGACCAUUCCCACCACCUGAGACUUUCUAUAUGAAGAUCAUUACAGGAACCGGCUUUACCACGGGACAGCAGCUGGAUGCGGCGUUGGGAUAUGCCAACUGGCUGGAAAUUCAGGGAACCAACGACGCCGCAAUGGAGAUGUACAAGUGGGGCGUUGACAUUGCAAAGGCUGGCUUGAGGGCUGAACUGGGAUAUGCCGACGUUCUCGACGAACAGACAAAUGUGCUCAACGAAUCAGCUUCUGCAAGCAUCACGCCCAACAUACUCAGAGCAACCACCGCUUUGGCCAGCCAUCAUGCCAGAACAGGUCAUGUCGAUCAAGCUCUGCCGAUACUGCUUUCGGUACUCCGCGCAAGACGGACCGCACCAGUGUCGCCAUUCCCACCGCCUUCUCAAUCAUCCAAACCAUCAGGUUCGGACAUUUGGAGUCUUAUCUUCGUGCCACCAAAGUUCCCGGAUCCUCCACCAAGUGGAGACAUCCCCAUAGUACGAGCGACUGCGCAACCUACCUGUGCAGAAAGCGAGCUCAUGCUCUACAUCGGCGAGAUCCUCUUCGCAGCCUCCAGCUCUGACACUGAAGAAGGUCUCAGCUGGACGAAGCAAGCAGUCACCAUUGCCGACAGUCAGCUGUCAAAUCCCGCAGUCGUCGAAUCCAAGAAUGUCGAAGCCGAAGUCGAGAGAAAAAAGUGCAAAGAAUGUCUGCUCACUGGUGUCGAAAAUUGGCAGCUCAUGUUGCAGCGAAUCAGUGACCAGCCAGAGGCUGCUGUAAGCAAACCGAGCACGUGGAAGUUCUGGCAGAGUGGUGGCGCUAUUGCAGCUUCGCCAGCUCGCAGGGAAGAACUAGCUGCUGAGCAGACGCGCAUUGACGCAAUCAAGGAUCGCAUCAUUCGAGAAGGCAUGAACCAGAGUGUCAGUGGUGGGCAGAAUACGGGCAUCUGGUUCGGAUGAAAUUUCCAGCUCAACAACAGCACGAGUUCUCUGUGAGGGGGACCAAGAUGGGCAAUGCCAUGGUGUCACAAGCAAUGCCAUGGUGUCACAAUCGUAGUUAGGGAUGACGCUGCGAAGAGACCGCCUAUGGAGUUCAGCCAAAGCCGAGUACUUACCGCGCUGCACAUCAAAGCCUGCGGACAUUGGGAACGCUGUGCUCGUGCCUGUAUUCUCAUGCAGUCUCAUCAUACUAGCGUUGAUUGAAGGCUAUCUCGACUCGCUGGAUCCACCAGCGCAAGGGGUACAUGUAGGAGGAAGUUUCGAGGUUUGAAUUGGUCAUCGCAACCCAAGGGGAUAGCAGUAAUCCCUUGUUAUAAGCCGUCCUACUUACAUCAUGCCGACUUCUCGAGUCUCUAUACUUCACUGCUUUAUGCAAUAGAGUAUAAAGAUAUCUAACAGUUGAGAGGCCCGACUAUAGCCUCUUUUCCUCCUGCAAAGCUUUGCUAGGGAGCCUGCCGCCUCUAUAGGCUUACAGCGCCCCCGCAAGUCUAAUCACAAGCCAACAGAGCACGACACAGAUUCUCAUUGUUACCAAUGCUUUAGAAUCAAGCAACAGGCAUACCUGCUGCAUGUGUCCAGCGUAGAACGAUGUUGACUGGGACUAGCUUGGUGACGGAAGGCCAAAGUGGCCAAUUCUUAUGAACGUACCUUACCUCACAAUUCUACGGUAUACAG